UGGGGCCUGCUGUGUUUUCAACGGAGGGAGAGCUGAGAAGAAAAAUGGCGUCUGCAGGCGACCCAGAGCGGGACACCGGCCAUUCGGUUUGAGCUUUCCGCCCUAAAAUUGAGACCGGGGCUUGGUGGAGACUUGUCGGGAACCGUCUCCAGACCCGUUGGGUUCUUUCUCCCCCGCUUUUCUCUGGAGUGCGUGGCUUAUUCGAGCUCCGAGAUUGAAGCGGAACAGAAGAGACUCUCUCCCACAAUGAGGGGGAGAAGAGGAAGGCCGCCCAAACAAGCAGCCGCGAUGCGGGAAGGUUCACCCGGGCCAGUCCGCGGCUCCCGGGGCAGCCGGAGUAGAGGGAUGCGAGGACGGGGAAGAGGCAGAGGACGCGGCCGGGGACGGGGUGGAAGUGGCGGCGUUUGUGACACUGGCUCUGCGGAAGUGGAGACGGAAAUCUCCGGCCGAGAGAACUUUCAUCCGACCCGGGGCCGCAGGAAAGUUGGAGCCUCAACCGCGGCCGCGGCAUCGCGGGGCAGAGGAGGCAGAUCGAGAGGCAGGGGGUCGAGAGGCAGCCGCGGCAGCAGAGGCGGAGGGAGGCGGCCUCAAACCAAGGUGGUCUACGACGACAACAGCGACGAGGAGGAUGAUAAUUUAAGCUACAGGUCAGACGAUGAUGAACUCCUGAACGACAACCCUUCGUCGGAUCUUGAAGAGGAGGAGGCCUUGGGAAACGAGUCUGACUAUCUGGAGGAACUACCAGAUGAUGAUGAUGCCAGCUACUGUACCGAGAGUAGUUUCAAGAGUCACAGCACGCUCGGGAGCACUCCAGGCCGGAGAAGGAGUCGGGCAUUGCGACCGCAGUCUCCCAUCCUUGAGGCAAAGGACAUUCCUUCCCUGGAGCUUCCUAAGUCCUCUGAGGACCUCCAGGUUCCUACCUCGCAGCUCCUCAAUGUGUCUGCCGUCUACGAGGUACUCCGCAACUUUGGCUCGGUGCUGCGGCUCUCGCCGUUCCGCUUUGAGGAUUUCUGUGCAGCGGUGGCCAGCCAGGAGCAGUGCACACUGUUGGCAGAGACCCACAUCACCUUGCUCAAAGCUAUUCUCAGAGAGGAGGACACUUCUAACACCACAUUCGGUCCCACCGACGUGAAGGACUCUGUCAACUCCACUCUAUAUUUCGUGGAUGGUAUGACCUGGCCGGAGGUGGUGCGGGCGUACUGUGAGAGUGACCCGGAGUACCGGCACAUUCUGCCUUUCCAGGAGUGUGAGGAUUACCCGUUUGAACCGUUGGAGAGCAAAAUCAAAGUCCUCCAGUUUUUGGUGGACCAGUUCUUGGCAACUAACAUUGCCCGGGAGGAGCUAAUGUCGGAAGGCGUGGUUGCCUACGACGACCACUGCAGGGUAUGCCAUCGCCUUGGUGACCUGCUGUGCUGUGAGACAUGUUCGGCCGUUUACCAUCUGGAGUGUGUGAAGCCGCCUCUGCAGGAGGUACCGGAGGACGAGUGGCAGUGUGAGGUGUGUGUGGCCCACAAGGUACCCGGCGUGACGGACUGCAUCCCAGAAGUGCAGAGGAGCAAACCCUUUAUUCGACAACUGCCAGUCAGCUUUGAUCGACACAACCGCAAAUACUGGUUCCUUAACCGCCGCAUUGUCGUCGAGGAGGAUGGCGAGCAGGAGGACAAAGCCAUCUGGUACUACAGCACCAAGGUCCAGCUAGCCGAGCUCAUAGAUUGUUUGGAUAAAGAGUACUGGGAGGCCGACCUGUAUGCGGCGCUUGAGGAGAUAAGGGACGAGGUGCACGCACAUAUGGACAUCACUGAGGACCUAACCAACAAGGCCCGUGGCAGCAACAAGUGUUUCCUCACUGCCGCUAAUGAGGAGAUCGUGGAGCGGGUGCGGGCUAAGAAGGAGGAAGAGCUUGAGGAGGUGAAGAGACGGGCUGCUGAGGAGUCGCAGAAAGCGCGGCUGGAGAAAGAAAAGGAAGAUGAAGAGGCCAAGUUGAGGGUUGAUGGGCACCAAGAGGGCAAGGUUAAAGAUGUGACCAAAGAGGAGGGGACAAAAGAAGAGGCCAUGGAAGAGAAAAAGGAUGGGGAAGUUGUUGAAGCUCCACCCACUGGCCAAGAUGGCAGUAGUGGCAGUAACAUCUCAGACGGACCUACACUUCCACCAACCUCUGCCCCAACCUCUGCCCCAACACAAACCCUCCCCACCACUGUGAGCCUGGCCUCGGAGGCUCCAAAGCCCUCGGCCGCCACAGAAGCAGCUCUGAUAGCAGGAUGUUCCCAUAUGAAGGUCUCUAACAACACCGAAGUAGAAAACCCAUCAUCAGAUUCUGUCCCUGCCAGUGGAAAUGGCAUCCCCAGCCCAAACCAGCCAUCCCAGACCAGCGAGGAGAACAGUAACGGCAGCAUGGGAGCCAGGGUCCCUCCCCGAGGGCCUGAACCUCCAGACCUAGCUGACAAGUCCUCCCAGUCAUCCCUGGCCAGCCUUGAUGACACAGGAGACUGUAAAGCAGACGGCGAUACGGGUCUCGGUAGUAAGAAGUCUGCAGCCACUCGCAUGGUGACCCGGCUGAGGAACCCAGAGAGUAAACUGAGCCAGAUGAAGAACCAACAGGUGGCUGCUGCUGUUCACGAAGCCAACAAGGGCUUCAAGGAGGGCAAAGAGGUCCUAGUAGUAAAUGCACAAGGUGACAUCACCCGUGUGACCACGCGUGGCAAGGAGGUGGUGAUGAAGGGGACACUCAGCCAAUACUUUAAGCUUGGCCAGGAGGGGAAAUACCGCGUCUAUCAUAACCAGUACAGCUCCAAUACUGUGGCCCUCAACAAGCACCAACACAGAGAGGACCACGACAAGAGGCGGCAUCUUUCCCACAAGUUCUGCAUGACGCCUGCAGGAGAGUUUAAGUGGAAUGGGUCUAUCCACGGCUCCAAGCUGCUGACCAUCUCCACACUGAGAAUCACCAUCAUCCAGCUGGAGAACAACGUUCCUUCACCAUUCAUGCACCCUAACUGGGCCUCACACAGGACCAAUUGGAUCAAAGCAGUUCAGAUGUGCAGUAAAGCCAGAGAGUUUGCCCUGGCUCUGGCCAUCCUGGAGUGUGCCAUCAAACCUGUGGCCAUGCUGCCUCUCUGGAAGGACUCACUGGGCCACACCAGGUUAAACCGCAUGACAUCCAUGGAGCGUGAGGAGAAAGAGAAAGUGAAGAAAAGGGAGAAGAAGCUGGAGGAUGAGGAGACAAUGCAACAGGCCACCUGGGUCAAGUACACCUUUCCAAUUAAACACCAGGUGUGGAAGCAGAAAGGAGAGGAGUAUCGCGUUACGGGCUAUGGGGGCUGGAGUUGGAUCAGUAAGACAUAUGUGCAGCAGUUUCUCCCCAGGCUUCCCGGCAACACCAACGUCAACUACCGCAAAGAACUGGAAGAUGCUAAACUUGGCAAGAAAUGUACCCUGUUGGAUUUGAGUCGACAUGCCAGUGUGGCUGCACUAGAAGCUCAGGGAGCUGCUGUCUUAAGCAGUGAGGCAAAAGAUCAGGACCCCUCCAGCCUCUCCAAGCCUGCACCAGAUCCUCCGAUGUCUGUUGAAGAUGUGGAGUCUAAUGAGAGGAUGGAAGAGGAAAAGAAAGAUGGGGUGGAUAAAAAGGCAAAGUCUGAGUUGUCAUUAGAGGAAUCGCCUGCAGAGAUGGAGGUGGACCCCACCGACUCACGAUCAGAAGAAGAGCAAAGGUCCAGUGUUCAGGAGGAAAAGGCAUCCAUAAAGGAGGAGCCGACAGAGAGCCCAACACGGCCCUUUAACUACGAUGUAGUGGAUGUCAGCAAGGGCUUCCUCACCCGCAUUGCCUACAAGAAGAAGGUCAAGUCCUCCAAGCUGGACAUCCUGCUGGAGCGACGAGUGAAGCAGCACGUUAUUGAGGAGAGGCAGCGGCAGCAGGUAUCUGCCCCCAACUCUCAGACUCCUGCACCAGUUUUGUCCAUUUCUAACACUGCUCUGAGCACUCCUGUCCGACCGCGGUCACCGCUCAAGCCCCAUACUCUCGCUCAGACACACCUUGCACUGGGCAAAGCUGUGAAAGUGGAGGAGAAGUCUUCCACAACACAAAAUCCGUCGGCAGGAAAACUCGGAGGGGGAAAGGUCGAAGGGGAGAGUCAGGCGGAACUCUCUAAAACCACAGACGAGACCUUCCCUCUUCCUCUUCCUUCUCCCGUUCCAGACUCCACACCCAAAGACAGUUGCAGUACAGGUAUACAAAACCAAACCACCUCCAUACCGCAGGUAUUGGAGGCAGACUUAGUGGAAAGGACUAUGGGGCCAAAAGAAACUGAUCAGAUCAAAGGAGACUGUUCAGGGCAAGAGGGGGUCACGCUGCCUGAUGUACAUGAAGCAACAGCAGGGGGGAUUUAUAGCCCUUUAGAGCGACAAACAGCCAGUGUACCAUCAGAUGUUACCAAGGCUGCACAUAUUGAAAACACAGGGACUGAGGUACCCAACUUGAAAACAGACUCUCUAAGAACCUCAUGUGUUCUUGAUCAGAUAAGCAGUCAAAACGCAUCUCCUUCUAAAGGUAUUCAUAAAAUCCCAAGUUCAGUGCAUUCAGGUACAGAGGAAAAUGGCACGGGGCUAGAGGAGAACCAAGAAAAUACACCCAGCGUUGGACAAGGUAGACCCGAAGGCAAUAGCACUCCCAAGUCAGUUUCUCCUCUCCCUCAGGUAAAUGGUAAUGAUGGCUUUGAGAGUGAAAGCAUGUUGAGUAACUCUGUCACAAGCUCAAAUAAUCGUGUGCUUACCAAUACUCCACAGCCCAAGGUGAACAGCACAGGUAACAUUGAAGAACAAGGGCUGGUUGUCAAGGACGGCACACAGCUAAAGCCUUUAGUGAACGGAGAUUUGGCCCCCCUCAAUGAUUGUACAGAGGUUGGGGGCAAGGGGCCGAGCCUAGCUUCUAAGGUAGAGGUAGAGAGCAAGACAAUGAUGUCAGAUCAGGACUACAAACCUCCCCUGAAGAUGACGAAGCUGGAGAACAACAUAGACACACUUGGAGCUAAUACUCCGAGCUCUCUGCAGCACAGCAGCACCUUACCUUUUCAGUCGGCAGAGACCAAGCCCAGUCCUGCCAUCAAGAUCAUCAGAAUGGCACCAUCUCCUAUACCUUCAGCGGAAGAGUCCAGUCUGAGCGACGACUUCGUGGAGGAGAAUCGCUCAGACUGCGGGACGACAGAACCACUCAAGACCAUUAUCACCCAGGUAACCACGACCUCCACAACCACAACAACAGUCGUGUCCACAGAGAUGAAGAUGGCUAAAGUGCCGUUGAAGGUAUCUCGAGUGAUUACGAAGCCCGUGGCAUCGACCACAGAGAACAGUGCGGUGUCCACUCUGACCACCAUGACCAAAACAACUGUGACCAAAAUCUGUUCACCCGGGCUCGAUGGUCAGUCGGAGGACAGCAAGAGUGAGAUAGUGACGCAAGAACAGAAGACGGCGCUCUCGGCCUGUAUCAGUAAGUCAACAAGGGACACCAGGGGUAAGACCUCAUUAACAUCUGUCACUGUAAGCCUCGAGGACUCCUCAUCGACAAAGGGCCGCGUCCGCCUCCUCAAGUUCUCCCGCACCAAGAAGAUGCGCUCGGACACCGCGCUUCCUUCUUACCGCAAGUUUGUCACCAAGAGCAAGCGCAAGAGUAUUUUUGUUCUGCCACACGACAACUUGAAGGUGCUGGCGAGGAGAGGCGGAUUCCGUGAGGUGUCCAUCUUUAGCUACAACGCCAAGCCAGCGCUGGACAUCUGGCCAUAUCCUUCACCCAGGCCCACGUUUGGCAUCACCUGGAGGUAUCGCCUGCAAACGGUGAAGUCUUUGGCUGGCGUGAGCCUGAUGCUGAGGCUCCUGUGGGCCUGUCUGAGAUGGGACGACAUGGCCGUCAAACCAUCCGCUGCUGUCGGCACCACGAGGACAGAGACAUCGGACACUGAAAUCACCACCACAGAGAUCAUCAAGCGCCGCGAUGUGGGGCCCUAUGGCAUUCGCUCAGAGUACUGCAUCCGCAAAAUCAUCUGCCCCCUGGGAGUGCCUGAGACUCCGAAAGAAACCCACACCCCUCAGAGGAAGGGGCUGCGCUCCAGUGCCUUGCGCCCCAAGAAGCCUGAGCCCGCCAAGCAGACGGGCCCAGUGGUGAUUGAGACCUGGGUGGCUGAAGAGGAGCUGGACCUCUGGGAGAUCAGAGCCUUCUCAGAAAGGGUGGAGAAAGAGAAAGCUCAGGCAGCAGAGCAGGCCAAGAAACGCCUGGAGCAGAAAACGGGCAUAGUCACAACGACCCCAACAGGGACCCCCGCAACACCUAUCGCCACGCCCAAAGUCAUCAUUGGUUCACUGUCAGGCCAGGGCACCUCCACCACCAAGGUGGUGCUGUCCACCAAGAUGGGCACCCCCGUCACAUUCCAGCAGAACAAAAACUUCCAGCAGUCGUUCGCCACCUGGGUCAAGCAGGGUCAAAGCACACAAGGAGUGGGCACGGAGACCACCAUGACCACGUCUGGUGGGCACACCUUCCAGAUCACAGGGACCUCAGUGGGUGGAAAGGUGGUGACCACCAAGCUGCCGCUGCCCGCCAACAGCAAGAUCGUCACAGUCAACGUACCGACUUCACAAGGAGGUGUGGUGCAGCAGAAAGUGUUGGGUAUCAUCCCCUCCGGCACAGCGGGCGGUGCCCAGACCUACACCACAUUCCAGCCCCGCACCACCACGCUCAACAUCAGGCCCAAUACUCCAGGCUCACAGAAGCAGGUUCUGGCAGCUGGUGGGCAGAUCCGUCCAGGAAUGACAGUGAUCCGAACACCGAUCCAGCAGACGGGACCAAUGGGAAAGACGAUACUCCGCACACCCCUUGUGGUCCAGCAAGGUCAGGGUGGACAACAGGUAGUGACGCAGAUCAUUCGUGGCCAGGCCGUUUCCACAGCGUUAUCUGGUGCCAGCCCCGUGGCCACGGUCACUGGCCAGGGGGUGGCCACCACAGCUGGACAGGUAGCAGGCCAAAUGCCCCUUGGGGUCCCACGGGCGCAGGGCCAGGGCCAGGUUAAGCUCACGCUGGCGCAGCUCACCCAGCUAACACAGAAGCAGCAGGCUGGGUCAGGUGUUGAUCGGCAGGCUGGUGUCGGCGGUACCCAACAGGCUCUGACGGUGAUGGUUCAGGGCCAGGGCCAGACCACUGGUCAGCUGCAGGUCAUCCCUCACGGGGUCACCGUCAUCCCAGGACCCGGUCAGCAGCUCAUGCAGGCAGCGCUGCCUAACGGCCAGGUGCAGCGCUUCCUCUUCACCCCCAUGGCCUCUGCUGCCACACCCACAUCGAGCACAGCAACCACAGUGCCCAUCUCCACCUCCACCAAAACCCCAGCACAGCCCGCUCAGCAGGCUGCCGCCCCCGUCCAGGCAGGGGCAACCCCCUUGGCCACCACCAGCACCCCUUCGUCGGCCACCCCACAGGGCCAGUUACCCCCUCAGACGCAGGCCCACAUGCCCAUCCAGUCUCCCACCUCGCUGCAGGUGAAAACGCAGGCAGGAGCCGCCCAGCUGCAGCUGCAGCAGACACCUCAGCUCAUCAGCAUGUCUGGACUGCAGCAGCAGGUACAGGUGUUGGCGCAGCUUCAGUCCCAGCAGGGUGGAGGCUCUCUGCCACAGCACAUCAAACUGCAGCUUCCUAUCCAGAUACAACAGACUGGGACCACCUCAGCUCAGGGAGGACAGAUUGGGAACGUAGUCACCAUCCAGGCAGCUUCUGUCCAGGAGCAGCUUCAGAGGAUCCAGCAGCUCAGAGAACAGCAGCAGCAGAAGAAGAAACAAGCCGCAGAAGCCAAGCGAGAGCAAGCCCUCAACGCAGCCAGCCAGAGCGACAUCAUUCAGAAACAGGUGGUGAUGAAACAAAACGCUGUGAUCGAGCACCUGAAGCAGAAGAAGACCAUGACGCCUGUAGAGAGGGAGGAGAAUCAGAGGAUGAUCGUAUGCAACCAGGUGAUGAAGUACAUCCUGGACCGGAUAGACAAGGAUGAGAGGCAGGCUACCAAGAGGAGGAAAAAGGAGGAGGUGGUGGAGGCAAAGAGGAGGUUGGCCAACGCCAGCAAGCUCUCAUCUCUCCUUUAUCGACACAAAGAAAGUCUCAAGAUGGAGAUCCUGAAGAAAAGGGCGCUUCUGGACAAGGAGCUGCAGCUAGAGACCCAGGAGGAGCUAAAGAAAGACCUGUUGCGGAUGCGGAGGGAGAAGGAGCGGUCUCAGGCUGCAGCCCAACAGGCAGCCCAACAGGCAGCUCAGGCCGCCGCCCACAACCAGCAGCAACAUACUCUGGCACACAAGCAUGGCAUCACCCCUCCACACCACCUCACCACGAGCGGCGCCCCCACACACAAGAGGAAACGGGAGGAGGAGCGGGAGACCGCUACGUCAGCCAAGUCCAAGAAGAAGAAGAUGAUCUCGACGACGAGCACCAAGGAGAGCAAAAAAGACAUCAGUCUCUACUGCGUCUGCAAGACGCCCUACGACGAGACCAAGUUCUACAUUGGCUGUGACUUGUGUACCAACUGGUAUCAUGGAGACUGUGUGGGUAUUACAGAGAAGGAGGCCAAGAAGAUGGACGACUACAUCUGUGUGGAGUGUAAACGGGGCCAAGAGGCCAGCACAGAGGAGCUGUACUGCAUCUGUCAGACGCCGUACGACGAGUCCCAGUUCUACAUCGGCUGUGACCGCUGUCAGAACUGGUACCACGGUCGCUGUGUGGGCAUCCUGCAGAGCGAGGCCAACCACAUCGACGAAUAUGUGUGUCCACAAUGUCAGUCGACAGAGGACGCCAUGACGGUCUUCACGCCGCUCACCGACAAGGACUACGAGGGCCUGCGGAGAAUCCUGCGGUCCUUACAGGCACAUAAAAUGGCAUGGCCGUUCCUGGAGCCGGUGGACACAAACGACGCCCCGGACUACUACAGGGUUAUCAAGGAGCCAAUGGACCUUUCCACCAUGGAGGAGAGAAUACAGAAGCGCGAGUACAUCAAGCUGACAGAGUUUGUAGCCGACAUGACCAAAAUCUUCGACAACUGCCGCUACUACAACCCCAGUGACUCGCCCUUCUACCAGUGUGCCGAGGUUCUGGAGACCUUCUUUGUCCAGAAACUCAAAGGGUUCAAAGCCAGCAGGUCUCAUAACAACAAACUACAAUCAGCAGCCUCUUAGCUCCCCCCCCUAAAAUCCAAGUGUCAAAAAAAGCGAGCCUUGAGGCUCCCUCCGAAUGACUCCGCCUCGUGGUCCGAGUCGGGCUGCAAACCGACCCGAGCCCUCUCUGAAGCAGAGCUCGCUCCCAGCUGAAAAUCAGCUCGCUCUGGUGUCAAAGCGCCCAACCUCCAACUCCUAAAGCAAGAGAGCGAGAGAAGCCCCUUUUCAUCCAAAGUGUCAUUGGGACGUAGCGGCAGAGAAGUCCCACCUUCAGACCAGGGGCAGGGCGGCCUCGGACUCUGCCUGAUGGGAAACGCAGAUUAAGUUGUCUGGUUGGAUGUUCACUGAUCUCACUUCAGCAGCGGACUUUUUGAAAGAGUUGUGUUAUUUCUGUAGCUGGUCACUAUUUCUGUGUGUCCUAUAUAGCAAAGUGUCAGCUUUGCUGUCAUUUUCAUCCCGUCACAUUUUUAUGACACAAACAUCCCAUUAAAUCCUAGUCCCUGCCUUCGCAUGGAGAUGUUCAUGAGGUCGAUAUGAAAAUACUCUUUGUUUGCGUCACACGUGGCUGAAAGCAGGCAUCACCUCCAUGUACAGGACCUUGGAGUUCAUUAUUCUGCCAUUUACAGACCGUACGCCUGAAAGCAGCGUUUUAUUGUUGCUGUAGGAACAAGCGUCACUCUUCGUCGUCGUCCCCCCACAAGAAAAAACAAAUAUCCCCCAUUGAAGCCAAUCUCAGGCGCCGCCUCACCACCCAUGUUUCUCCACUGCAUCCAGUUCUUCGGACUAUGUUGUUGUCGCCCUGCACGAAGUAAACGCGGCGACAAGUUCCCAUCCAGUGGCUCAUCUUCAUGUACAUUUCCUGAUGCUGAGAUGCUCCCCUUUUUUUAAAUAGAGGCUAGAUGUCUGAAACCAUUUAAAAAGAAAAUUGUCAUGAGGUCACGUGCGGGCGUAGACGGCACUCACUGGAGUAAUUCAAGGGGGUCUAUAUAUGUGGUCCCAGGGUCGCUUUAAUUUCCACAGGGGAACACCCAGGACAGGCCAUCCCAUCCACCACAUCCGGCCUCUCUUUUGACCUUUUACCGUUUUGUGUUUUUCUGAAACGCGAAGAAUGUUGACGAGCUCUGUUCUCCUUUAAGCUUGAGCUUUCAGGUCCACACACACACACACACACACACCUCGUCAAAAGCUCUGAUUCUGUCAGUGACUGAGUCUAAGUCUCUUUUUCCUUAUCUGUCAGCCACUUCUUCCAACAUAUUUCAUUGAAGUUGACAGGUUGGCUCACAUGUGUCUCUCAACUCGCCCUCAAAGCAUGGUUAAGUAAUUGGAUAAUGGACUUUUCCACUCAGCAUCAACUCGGUUAUGUUGCGGUCUGCGGCAGCAUGUCUGGGAGUUAACUCUGAGUCUUUGUACCGUGGGGUUUGUAUGAACAUUUUAUAGCUGCAUUUGUAUCAUAUUUGGGAACAUUUUUGUAAUCUGUGAUUAUCAUUUUUGUAGGCUGGGGAGCAGUCAUAAGGUUGUCUUUAAGUUGUUAAAAAGGAAAAAAAAGUUUAAAAUUAAGCAAGUGUUUUGGUUUCAAUCAGUUGUUUUGUGUGUCUUCGCAGAGUUGAGAGAUGAUGUUGCUGCUGUUUUCUUUACCGUGUUUGUGUCUUUCACACAAAUGUCUGUUACUUUGUAACCUGAUGACGAAGUGUUGCAUCCACUGUUUGUAAUCUCUCUUGUAUAAUACGAAUAUGUAGAAAUGAAAGACCUUUAGAGCGGUAGAAACUUUUAUUUUCCACUCUUUGAACCAGCAACUAAGCCCGUCUGUAUAUUUUAACUGUCUAUUUUUUUUUUUUUUCUCUUAAAUUGAAGUGAACGCUACAUUUUAGGUGAAAUUGCCCUUUAUAUUAAAAGCGCUGCAUAUUGUGAGCAUACAGGUAUUGAAUACUGGGGUAGAGUGACACAGGUAACACUUGCAAAGAGUUUUUUUCUCUUUUUUGUAAGAAACCAACCAGUUCAACAUAACUUCUAUAUUGACAUUGCAUUUCUUGUAUUAUUUAUUCAUAUCAAUGAAACUUUUUUUUUUUUUUAGUAAUGUUGAGGAAGCUUAACCGCAGAUAAAAAAAAUACUCUAUGUUUUUAACUGAUUGUGGCCACUCUGAAGAGAUUCUCUUUUGUACUUAGGACAUUUCAUCCUAG